CCCUCCUAACUCUAGAGCUCGCAAGGUCAAUGUUGUUGUCCCUCAAGCGAUGCCUAUGGAAGAGGAAGGUGAGCCUAACCCUAAGAGGUCUCGUGCUGAUGAAUGGAAGAAGGAAGACAUUGAUAUCCGUGCCCUGCCCAACUUCAUUCAUCAGAAGCCUGACUAUUUGAGGGAACCUUAUGAAUAUUUCUCCCAGUUCUUCACAACUGAAUUGAGGGAACACAUUGUGUAUCAAUCCAACCUGUACUCAAGACAGAAGGAUGUAGGCAGCAACUUCCACAUGUCAGAAGAGGAUCUCAUGGUUUUCCUUGGCCUCAUCGUGUACAUGGGCCUGGUUCCUCUCCUAGCAUAG